UCUGCAAUGAAAGAAAUACAACUCGCCGUCUAUUCACACUUCUGUAACAAUAGCUACCCGCGUCGCCCGUAAAUCACUCAGCUGCUUUAUAAGGCGGACGUGUAAUGCUAAGUGCUUCAUGUGAUUGCCGUGAUUUCCGUCAGUCUCCCUAGGGGUGUUUUUGAUCUUUUUUGAUUAAACUGAUUCAGCAGAUGUGGAACAUCAUGCGUAAUGACCCCUGACCCGAGCCCUUUUGUCUCACACUGUACAGUUCUGCAGGCACCGGUGCUGCUGCGAAACCUGAGCAAUCACAGUGUUAACGUAAGCAACUCGGUCACUCUCCACUGCCCCGCUCGGGGAAUUCCACAUCCCAGGAUCACAUGGUAUAAGGAUCAAAGAAAGAUGCAGCGGGUGUCUGGUAUUAUGCUGUUUCCAGAGGAAGGGACUCUUCAUAUCGACCGAAUUACAGUUGAAGACCAGGGACUUUACACCUGUAAGGCCACCAAUGAGAGAGGGUCUGUGGAGAGCUCCGCCCACAUUUGGGUUCAAAGUUCAUCUGAAUCACUUUCUCUGGAGAUCCCGACUCUAGCAUGUACAUGCGUGGUGGCCACUCUCUUCUGGUUGCUUCUCACACUGCUGAUUCGCAAACUCAAACAGCCAAACUCCACUAAUGGCAAAGCAGAGUACCUGCCAAUCAUCCUGCAUCCAGGGGAGGAACCUCUGGUUGAGAACUGCGACAGAUUACAGUAUGAUGCUGCCCAAUGGGAGUUUCCACGUGACCGCCUUAAACUAGAAAAGCCCCUGGGGCGAGGGGCAUUUGGCCGAGUAAUGCAGGCCUCAGCUUUCGGCAUUUGCAAUUCAGCCAGCUGCACCACAGUGGCCGUCAAAAUGCUUAAAGAUGGCGCUACGCCCAGUGAACACAAGGCUCUGAUGACAGAACUGAAGAUCCUCAGUCAAAUUGGGCAUCACCUCAAUGUGGUCAAUCUUCUUGGUGCAUGUACCAAACCAGGAGGGCCUCUGAUGAUCAUAGUUGAAUACUGUAAAUUUAGCAACCUGUCUGCGUACCUUAAGAGCAAACGAGAGGUGUUCCUGUUGAACAGGGAGAACAGAGAAGAGGAGGGAGGCAUGAAGGAGGGAUAUAAAGAACGCUUGGCCAGUGUGUCCAGCAGCCAGAGCAAUGCCAGCUCAGGGUUUAGUGAGGAGAAAGAGAUCUCAGAGGAGGACAGUGGUUCUCUUCCUGAAUCCAACAACCCUUUGCUGCUUGAAGACCUGAUUUCUUACAGCUUUCAGGUGGCCAGAGGAAUGGAGUUUCUCACUUCUCGCAAGUGCAUUCAUCGUGACCUUGCUGCCAGAAACAUCCUGCUGUCCAACAACAAUGUGGUGAAGAUCUGUGAUUUUGGCUUGGCCCGAGAUGUGUACAAAGACCCAGACUAUGUGCGCAAGGGAGAUGCACGGUUACCAGUGAAAUGGAUGGCACCUGAAUCGAUCUUCGACAAAGUCUUCACCGCUCAGAGUGACGUGUGGUCAUAUGGAGUUCUGCUCUGGGAGAUCUUCUCACUUGGAGCGUCUCCAUACCCGGGGCUGAACAUUGAUGAGGAGUUUUGUCACAGACUGAAGCAGGGGACUCGGAUGUGUCCUCCUGAGUACAGCACCCCGGAGAUUUACAGCAUUAUGAUGACAUGCUGGGAAAAUAACCCUGAGGACAGACCUUGUUUCUCUGUUCUUGUGGAGAUACUGGGAGACCUCCUGCAGACCUGCGUCCAACAGGAUGGAAAGGAUUAUAUUCCACUGGACGCUUUUAUUUCUGGAGAAGGAAAUACCGUCACGGCGCACAUCGACCAGAAAGACAUAAGCCAGAAAACACUGGGAACUUCAAGCUACAUCAGCUCUGGGAAAAUCAAAGCCAUCAGCACUUUUGAGGAUCUACACAAAGAAAUCCCCAUUUCUGACAGUGGAAUGGUUCUCCCGUCUGAAGAGUUGAUUCGGGUGAAGUGGAUGGAUAUUGCCAAAAACAUCACUAAGUUCUUCUCCAAAGGUCAAAACCAGCACAUGAAGGUGCCUGUAAAAGUGCUGCCUUGUAUGAAUAGCGCCCCCUGUUGUCAUCAGAGGGAGGUUCCUCCUGUGUGUUACUCUCAGAGGUGCUGUUCUCCCCCACCAGACUAUGAACUAAACUUAUUGCACCACUGGUAA